AUGGAGGGAUCUCAGCACUGGAUGCAUGUGAAGAGAGAACAAACCCUGAAGCCAUACCUUGAAGCAGAAGUUGAAGAUGACAAUAAGAAUUACUCGUGGGAAGAAAGAGCAUUUGCUGAAGAUGCAGCUAGAAUAGUUGGUGGUAGCAUGUGGCCUCCAAGAUCUUACUCUUGUACAUUUUGUAAAAGAGAGUUUAGGUCUGCUCAAGCACUUGGGGGUCACAUGAAUGUCCACAGGAGGGAUAGGGCUAGACUCAAACAAAAUCUUAGCCCUCACAAUAAUUAUCAUGAAAAUGAACCCCUUCAUCGUCAUAACAAAAAUGGUUUCAAGUCCUUAUUAGGUAAUCAUUUUUCUGCCUCCACACAGAUAGAUUGUGGUCUUGCUGCUUAUUAUUCUAGCCCUGCAACUACAAUUGCAUCCACCAGACAAUUUGAAAUUUGUGGUCAGCAUAGUUUGUCACCUUAUUCUUCUUUUUCUUCAAUUAUCUUCGGACAGAAAAAUAACACGGAAUACAAAUUUAAUGGCUUGGGUUGUGAUAAUCAUGUUGAAACAAGUUUGUCUGUGGGACUUACUUCAUCUCCAACCGUUGACAGAGCCAACAUCAAUUGUAAGAGAUGUUCAAAAUCAAAUGAUAAACAACGCUUGGCUUUUCAACCUGAGGAAAUCUUACUUGGACUUGAUCGUGGAAUGGAAGACUUGGAUCUUGAACUCAGGCUAGGGAAACAACAGAGUUAA